UAUUCCGAAUGCAUCAAAGUAUUGUGUAAUUUUCCGUGCGAACACGGAAUCGGGAACGUGGGACACACUGCAUCAAACUAACAACGCACUAAGCCUGCAGCGGUGCCUAUGGACUACGGCGGUGGUGGCGGCAGCGCAUCCGGCAGCGGGACGAACAACGCCGAGGCGUCGGAUCUGAACAUGUGCGGGGGUCAGGAUAUGCUGGAGGGCAAGGCCAAGGAGAAGGCACGUCGCUACUGGACGCCUAGCGAGGAGGAGCGUCUCUACGAGAUCUGGGGCCGCGACAACUGGCGUCUGACGCGGAAUGGCAAGAAUACGAUAUUCUUUGCUCAGUGGGCGGAGGAGUUGCGCGAACGUUUCGGGGUGGAUGUGAAGCCCGAGGAGAUACAGAUGAAGGUUAACCAGACGAGGGCCAAGUUCAGAUCGGUGAAGAAGCAGCUGCUGUCGGAUCCCACCAGUUAUCCCAAUCGCUGGAAGAAGUACGACAUUAUCAAUCGAAUACUGAAGAACCUACACAGGCCGAAGGAUGCCGAACCCUUGCCCCCGGGUGCACUGCUUAACAAUCGCGAUAUGACUCCGCCCAGGGAGAAUAUGACUCCCCAGCCGCAGCAGCAAGGUCUCAAUCUCACCACAGAGGCGACGGCGGCCACCAGCUUCUACAACAACAGCAGCAACAGCAACAACAGCAGCAGCCACAACAACAACAACAGCGGCGGCGGUGGGAUGAGCUUCAAUACGGAACUAUUUACGGAUCAGUACGAUGAGGCGGUGAAGCAGGAGUACGAGGACGACGAGUAUCGUUCGAUACCCUUCCAGGAGCCACUCCAACAGUAUUCGCCAGCCGAGCCAGCUCAAUUGCUCGAGCUGCAGACGCCACAGCAGAUACAACAGCAGCAACUCCAACAGCAACAGCAGCAGCCACAAUUUCAACCCGGAUACGGGCAACAAUUUCAGCAGCAGCCAAGUGUCUACACAAACAGCAGCAGCAAUGGAACCGCCGCGACCAUCAAUCAUCAGCCGAUCACCGCCGUGGCGUACAUCAACAGCAGCAACAACACGAUCAGUGUGGCCACCAAUGCCAAUGGAGGAACAGUCGGGAUGAGCUCGCCCGCACCGGCACCGCGGAGACGCGGUCGUCCCUUUGGAUCGUCGAAUACCCUAGCGGCCGACUCCCUGGAGGCCCUGUACAUGGAGGAGGUGCGUCGGAAUACCCAGCUGAUCGCCGAACAGACAAAGAUAUCCCGUCAACGUUUGGAGCUGGAGGAACGGAAGCUGGACUUGAUGCAGACCUUCUUCCCCAAGGUACUGGAGAAUCAGACCCUGAUCCUCAACCGCUUCAUGCAGUGGGAGGCCCGACCUCAGCCGACCCAGCAGAUGCACCACCAUGCGCAACCAGAUUCCGGGCAGCCACAGCAGUGAGCAGAAUUUUCGGAUAUUUUUAAGCAAAUCAAAGUUUGUAGUUUUCAGGAUCGCGACGCAUUAAUAUUUGUCAAAUUUUUGAAAUUUUUUAAAGUCGAUUUGGUGUCCAACAAUUUAAUUUAAUACAAUUUAAUACCCUACACAUUUAAAAUAUAUGCAAACAAGCAAAAGUG